AGCUGUAGGGGACAUUGUAGUUUCAUCCCUUCUCCAGGCUAACCUUCCGCUAUGGCGAAGCUCGGUUUCCUGUACAAGUUCUUGAUAGGAAUAUGCUUUGUAGCCACGGUUAAUGCUAAACCCACAAAGCCAGCACCGCCAGACCAUUGGAGCUAUGCGGAACGCGUUCAUUGGAAGGAACACUUUUCAGCUUGCGGAGGCGAGCAUCAAUCUCCCAUCAAUCUCGACUUUGCUUCAGCUAUUGCAGCCGAUUUUCCGAGCAUGAUGUUUUACAACUACGAUCAGGUACUUCCUGAGAUGCUAACCAACAACGGGCACACAGUUAUGAUGAGCGUCAAGAGCCAGUCAAAUGAAGAUGUGCCUUUCAUCACUGAAGGUGGACUUACUGAUCCGUACAAAUUUUUCCAACUCCAUUUCCAUUGGGGAAGGGACGCGCUGUCAGGCAGUGAACAUACCAUCAACGGUCAACCAUAUCCUGCUGAACUGCACAUUGUUCACUACAAUACCAAGUACGGGAAUUUUAGCGAAGCUGUUGCUCAUCCGGAUGGAUUAGCUGUCUUGGGAAUUAUGAUUGAGCUGCAAACUAGAGACAAUAUUGCAUUCCGUCAUCUGGAACGGUUUGAUGAUAUUCUGAACCCUGACAGUGAUAAAAAAAGCGCUUUGACUUACCCAGUUCCAUUGUCGGAUCUUCUUCCGGACCGAACUGGAACCUUUUACCGAUACAAUGGCUCUCUGACCACUCCUGGUUGCAAUGAAGAUGUCAUCUGGACAGUUUUCGAUACUCCGAUUGCCAUUUCACAGCGCCAGUUGGACAUUUUCAAACGGUUAAUUGAUUCCGAAGGCCAACAAAUGGAAGGCAACUUCCGUCCGGUUCAAGAGCUCCACGAUCGCGUUGUUUAUUACCGAUCGGAAGUUUCAUACAAGGCCCUGUAACUCCCGAAUAUUCAGAUUUGCCGACCAAACGUUUUCGUUUGCUAUUAUAUCGAUAUAUUAUACAGAAAUAGUAAAAGUAAGGCAAUUCCCAUUGUCGUAUAUCAUAUUGGUUUAAGGAAUACAUUAUCUAUCAUAUGCA